AUGUCUGUUAGUAACUUAUCAACAGUGUUAAAAUCAUGUUCAGAAAGUGAAUUGAUAAGUGAAGUCUCCGAAUCCAAUAUGACAUCAAAACAGGUGGAAGGAUCCCGACUUAAACGUACCUUUACCUUGCCUCGCAAUCCAUUUGGUACUACAAAACCGAGCUCUAGUAAAAAUAAAAGCAACGAUACUGACAAUAAGCCCUCCAGUGCAAAUCCUUUGGCCACAACUAAUAAAGAAGAGGGUGGCUUAGAAAGGAAGUUAUUCAGAAGGCCAUCAUGGAAGAUAUUUUUAAACAAAAUAGCUCAGCAUAUGAGUACUGUAAAUACUACUGUUGUAAAAUCUGGUCAAGUGGUUAACAGUGACAGAGUGCCAUGCAGUGGAGAGCCGCCCUGGCCGCCUGGUACUACUCCUGCAGCUACUGGAAUAAAAAACCAUGGCAACACUUGUUACAUGAAUGCAGUUCUUCAGUGUCUCUCGCACACAGAUGUCAUAGCAGAAUAUUUUGUACUUGACUUUUAUAAGGUUGAUUUGCAAAAGAGGAAUAAAAUUAACUCGAAAAAGUAUGGUACUCGUGGAGAGGUGACUGAGCAAUUAGCAGCGUUGCUUAAGGCAUUGUGGUCUUGUCAUUAUAUACCUGACAUGAGUGUAGCAUUUAAGGCUGCUGUUGAAAGACACGGUACUCAAUAUCGAGGAAAUAGUCAACAUGAUGCGCAAGAAUUUCUCUUUUGGCUCCUUGAUAAAGUUCACGAAGACUUGAAUACAGCAACCAAGAAAAAAUAUAAGACUAUCAAAAAUACGGUGGGGAAGUCAGAUGAGGUAGUGGCAGCGGAAACGUUGGCUAAUCACGCACGUCGGAACAGUUCCUUUGUACAAGCAGUUUUCCAAGCCCAGUACAGGUCGGCAUUGACAUGUGCGAAAUGCGAGCGAACUUCAUGCACAUUCGAUCCGUUUCACUGCGUCAGUGUACAACUUCCGACGCGACCCGUCACCGUACAGCCCUCACCUCUGCCUGUUAAUGUUGUUUAUGUGAAUCAACAACCAAGGCAAGUGCGUAUCGGAGUAGAACUUGCGCCCACCGCUACAAUGGACGAGUUAAGAACUUCGUUACACGGGGACACCGGUAUUGACAGAGACCACAUCAUACUGGCUGAGAUUAAUGAGACUGGAUGGUGCAACGCUCGCAGUGGUUGGGAAGUGGCAGGAAUUGACUUCGGAGCCCUGUACUGUAUCGAGGCCCCACCACUCUUGCAAACCCCAACUACUCCAUAUCUUCUUAUACUUUGGGUUAAUUUAUUGGAAGGCGAACGAUUUGGUUCCCCAUACGCAAUGCAAGUUCCUCGCGAAAUUUCAUAUGAAGAUCUUCAAAAGCUGAUGUUGAAGGAGAUGUGCCAAGUGGUAGCUGAACGGGUCCUGGAGACGGCCCAAGGCACUGAUAUCUUCAAGGCCAGAAUUGCCGAAGCCCACCGGCCAAGGGAUCCGGCGUAUUUGUUGCCUGAGUUGCCACACCCACUGUUUGCGCUGGACGUGGAACAGGCACUUUGCGCUCAUGACAAGUACCCGCAUUUGAGGCUGGAACUACUAUGGGAACCCGUACAUAGAGACAGUAUAAUACGCGAGUGGGGCGAAGCGUGUGAGGUGCACGUGUCGGCUGCAGGCGCGGCCGCUCCUUUAACGUUACACGCCUGUCUUGCUCAUUAUACGAGGGCGGAACAUCUCGCCCAGGAGGAUGCUUGGAGGUGUCCUCAAUGCCAAAGAUACAUGCCGGUUGUCAAGACGCUCGGACUUUGGUCUCUUCCUGAUAUACUUGUUAUACAUUUGAAAAGAUUUCGACAACAGGCUAAGGGUAGGACCAGCACGAAAUUAACAACAAUGGUAGAGUUUCCCCUAAACGACUUUGAUAUGACUCCACACUUGGUCCGAAAAAAUACAACAGGUGCCGAAUCACCUGGUAACUCUCGAUCUCCAAGGCGGAGACUCUCCAAGACAAUCCAAAAUCCACAAGACAACAUUUACGAUCUCUAUGCCAUAUGUUACCACCAUGGAGACGACUUAGAAACGGGACAUUACACGGCAGCUUGCAAGAACCCAUACGACAACCACUGGUACAAGUUUGACGACUCCCGAGUGACGGCCGUGGAUGAUGAAAACGCAUACAGCGAACUCGUCAACAACUCCGCUUACAUGCUCUUCUAUAGGCGGAAGAAACAGAACGUCAUGCACUCCUGUUCCACAGAAGAUAAGGAGCAUUGGGCGCUGCGUAUGCCCAGGUACAAACCGAUCGAGACGCUCAACGAAGUGUCCGAAACAGAUAAGAACGAAUCGGACGUAGAAGAGAAAAGCGUAGACACGUCCACGAACAGUUCACCCGCGAAGCAAGUGAUACAGUCGCCGACGCUUCAACGGCCGCUUAUAGUGGAAGCAAACGAUAGCGAUUACGAAAACGAACAAUCGGAGACGUAUAUACACAAGGACGUGCACGUUAAUCCUAAAAUGACGCCCGUGGAUUCGCGAAGACCAAAAUCUGUGGAUAUCCCUUCCAGGCCAAGUGUGUCCCCGUCGAAUAAUAGAAGCUUCGACAAUUCCCCCUUAGUCGCGAGUAUAAAUGAGGUGGAAUAUCCGACAACGGAAGACCUCAUGUUGUCUAUGUUCCAAGAGUCGAAAUAUAUUGUACCGAGGCAUCAUAUCAACGGGGAAUCUCAUAGAACAGCAGAAAAGCCAUCUGUAUGGAAAACCAGAAUAUCGACGUGA